ACCGUAGCUAAACAACCAGAGAGCUGAUCGGAGACUUCCGCACCCAGCCGGGACACGAUCGACUGCAACGGAUAUUCUGACCCACUUUUGUUGGCAUCGGGGAAACGAAGACGGGCGCCAUGCUGUACGGACUCUCCAGGAUCAUCCGGGGCGGCGCUGCCAUCUGCCGCCACACCGCCGGGACCCAGAGCGAAUGCCGCUUCUCCGUGACCCAUUGUUGUGCGACCCGCCCACUACGAGACUACUCCCUGCCCAACUCCACCUGGAACCCCGACACCAAGAGACUGUACGAGGAGCUGAGCCGAGACCGGAGCUGGAGAAGACUUCCCUCCUACAACACCACCAUCAAUCCCCUAGACGGUAUGUCUGCGGAGGCCGACGGGGAAACUCGUCUCUUCACCCGGAUCGCUGAGCGGGACGGAGUCGGCUUCGAGUAUUGCAUGUUCUAUAAGGAGGCGGAGAAGAGGAUGAUCUGCAUAUUCCAGCCCGGGCCCCAUCUGGGAGGCGUCACGGGGUACGCACACGGGGGCUGCAUCGCCGCCAUCAUAGACUCCACCGUGGGGCUGGGAAUUGUACACGGCAUCGGACCGGCGAUGACGGCCAACCUGAACAUCGACUAUCGCAGUCCGAUUCCUCUGGGAUCUACAGUCCUCAUAGACAGCCGAGUGGAGAAGGUCGACGGCCGCAAGGUCUACAGCAGCUGCCAGGUCCGCAGUCAUGACGACGCCGUGCUUCACAUUGAGGCCACCGGUUUGUACAUUAGGGUGAACUGUGGAGAAGCCAAACUAUAAAUUCUUGUAUAUUACAGAGAUCUGGAAAUGGCGCCAAUGUUGUUGAUUGACAGCUGCACUGUGUACCGCAGGGUAUCCUUUCUGCCACUAGAGGGCGGCAUAUCCCUAGGACCCCUGGGGAGAUGUCUUCCAGGGGCCAACCUGCUCUCUUAGAGCUAUUAUUUUGUACUGUAGGUCGUGGUUCCUGCAGUGCCGGGCCAAGGUCAUCCAGUGCAAAGAUGCCAAACUGCGCCCCCCUUUCCCUUUAGGGUUAGGG